AUGUCAAAUCCCGCUCUUGAGGACGAUGGAAGCCGAAUGUCUGUCAUGGUGCCGGAUGCUGCUCGUCAUGGUGGGGGUGAUAGUCACGAAAAUGUAGAGCAUUCUGCCAGCGAGAACGGGAAAAGCAGCGAGGAUGAUAGCAAUAAGGAGGAUAGCGACAUGGAGGAUAUUGACAAGGAAGAUAGUGAUAUCGAAAUGGAUGACAGAUUCUCCCCUGAAGCCGAUGGACCCAACGAGGAUACAGGUAGUGAUGAAUGGGAUGAAGAUGCCAAAUAUGCGUUGGCAGUGCAAUAUAGAAGACACAAGAAGAAGUUCUGGACAAAGAUCUCCGAUGAACUGGACUUCCCCUGGCGUCAAGUAGAAGCGAUGCACUUCCAACUAGGCAAAGAGAACCUAUCGUCCCGAGCUGACGAGAGUUCCCGAAAUCCUACUACCAGCGAUCGCAUAAUAAAUGUUCUGAGGGAAAUCAAUUACUUUCGCAAUAUAUUCUAUUACAACGUCGACGAGCCUCACGAACCACUGACAUACCCCCGACUACUCGAUAGCUUAGCGGGUAUAUCAAUCAGCACGACCGAAUUGAUAGCGCAGGUCGAAUCUUCCCCAGGGCCAUGGAGCCCCCGCGUGAUUAGAUUGAUGGAAAGAAUGGUACAUGAUUUGUGGAUUUUGGUGUCAGAUGAGCUUCCUGGAGCGAAUUUCAAUCCUAACAUGGGUGACUACUGA